CAUUCAGCUCUGAUGAAUGUGGACGAAGAUUUAGUCAAAAGACAAGCUUAAACCAACACAUAAGGAUCCACACAGGAGACAAACCAUUCAGCUGUGAUGAUUGUGGACAACGAUUUAGUUACAAGAUAUACUUAAACCAACACAUGAGGAUCCACACAGGAGACAAACCAUUCAGCUGUGAUGAAUGUGGACAAAGAUUUAGUUACAAGACAAACUUAAACCAACACAAGAGAAUCCACACAGGAGACAAACCAUUCAGCUGUGAUGAAUGUGGACAAAGAUUUAGUUACAAGACAUACUUAAACCAACACAAGAGAAUCCACACAGGAGACAAACCAUUCAGCUGUGAUGAAUGUGGACAAAGAUUUAGUUACAAGACAUACUUAAACCAACACAUGAGGAUCCACACAGGAGACAAACCAUUCAGCUGUGAUGAAUGUGGACAAAGAUUUAGUUACAAGACAAACUUAAACCAACACAUGAGGAUCCACACAAGAGACAAACCAUUCAGCUGUGAUGAAUGUGGACAAAGAUUUAGUUACAAGACAAACAUAAACCAACACAUGAGAAUCCACACAGGAGAGAAACAAUUCAGCUGUGAUGAAUGUGGACGAAGAUUUAGUCAAAAGACAAGCUUAAACCAACACAUGAGGAUCCACACAGGAGACAAACCAUUCAGCUGUGAUGAAUGUGGACAAAGGUUUAAUUACAAGACACACUUAAACCAACACACGAGGAUCCACACAGGAGACAAACCAUUCCGCUGUGAUGAAUGUGGACAAAGAUUUAGUCAAAAGACGGGCUUAAACCAACACAUGAGAAUUCACACAGGAGACAAACCAUUCAACUGUGAUGAAUGUGGACGAAGAUUUAGUCAAAAGACGGGUUUAAACCUACACAUGAGAAUCCACACAGGACAAAGACCAUUUCCCUGUGAGGUUUGUGAUAAAUUAUUUAGGUGGUCUAAGUCUUUAAAAGCACACAUGCGUGUCCACACAAAAUAG